AUGGAAACUUAUGGUGGCGACUUUCAGCAUAAUAUACAAAUAGCAACUGCUGUCAGAAUCAAACCAAUUGACGCUCUCCAAACUGCUCAAGAUUGAGUACUCGACAUUGCAGGGUGUCCUUCCAGUAACACAGUGACUUGCACGCCAGCUUCUUUCUCUGCUGCACCCAGCGGCCCCAAAGUGUUCAGUGUCAAUCGUGUGUUCGACGAGUACUCGACCCAGCAAGAAGUGUACUCGGAUGCAGUGGCUUCAAUGGUUGAGUCAUUUCUGGGUGGCUGUAGUUCGACUGUGAUGUGUUAUGGAGGAACACAGACUGGCAAGACUCACACCCUCAGCUCACAAGCUGAAUCUGAUGGAGAGAAAGAGUACACACCAGGAAUGAUAGAGCUGAGUCUGAGAGAAGUGUUCAGUAAGCUUCACAAAUUUGAUAAAUACUUGCUGAGGUUUGAAUACUAUAUGGUUUGGAAUGAGACCCUUUACGACUUAUUUGAUGAUGGAGAUUAUUCAAGAGAAAUUAAACCAAAAGAUUCAGACUUCAAAGGGAUUUAUGGUGUAGAAUCGAUCGAGCAAGCAUUGGACCUUAUAGACCAAGCCAACCUAAAAAGCUACAAACUCAGAGCUGACCUCGACAUGAGAAGAGUCCACAUGAUUCUGAGAAUGAGCCUUGAUGUGAUCGAUCAUGAUGAAGAUGGGCCCGAAAUCAGUCACAGCGUCUUGUCUUUUGUUGACUUGCCCAGUUGAUCUAGAGUGCUUAAAACAGGUGCUAGCAAUAAUUUAUUAAAAGAGUGACAGAAGGUUUCACAAUCACUAUCUGCUAUUUGAAAUGUAUUGUGGUGACUAAAAGAAAACAAACGUCAUAUCCCAUUCAGAGAUUCAAAAACAACUUAUUUACUGAGUGAUUCGUUAAAUAAAAAUUCGAGAGUUCUAGUGAUUGGUUGAAUUUCUUUGGUAGACAAUCUUUCGUAUGAUUCUCUAUCCACUCUUCGAUAUCUAUCUCGGUUUCAGACUUCAAAUCAGCAACCUGAAGCAUUGAUGAAUUCAAGAAAUUCUACUCUUGUUAAGCUCAUUUUAAUUUCAAAGAAGAUCAAUGUAACUCAUGAAGAGAAGGAGAUCCCACAGGUUGAAACAUGCCUCAAGAGUUUAUUAGAAGUUUUGAGCUCUGACUCAGACUUGCCUGAGCCAUUAUCAAAAUCUAUCAAUUGGCAUUUUGGGAAUAAAGGAAGAAAAUUACUGUCCAGCUUGAUUGAACGAAUCCUUGAAGGAAUAUUUUCAGAAAAAAAUUGGGUGGCAACCAGAAAAGUUAAGACUAUUUAUUCAAUUUGUUCAGAAUAA